AUGGAGAAGCUGAAGUGGUACGAGAGGCUGUUCGGCAAGAAGCUCAUCAAAUGCGAAACGUUGAGCAAUUCCAAUAAUUUCGACACGAUAUCCACGUGCGACGUUCUCGACGCCGCGAAUGUGACGGGGGUUUAUUUUUCCUUCGCCAACAUCAACCUGCACAGCGACGAGUUCAUCAACAAAUUGCGGGAUCUGUAUGAACGAUUCAGAAAUGAAGGCGGCAAUGAAGAGAAGAAAUUCGAAGUCGUGCAGGUAGUGAUGUGGGCCCACAACGACAAUUAUGGAGAUAUCGAAAGCAGCCAUCGCGAAAGCCUGAUGGGAUUAUCGUGGUUCGCUGUUCCUUUUAGUGAGAUUGAUUUGAAGACACGAUUGUCUAGAAGAUACAGAAUAAAAUCAGGAGUGCCAACGUUAGUUUUACUCAAUCGGGAUGGUUCUACUGUAACUGUAUCAGCUCAGGAAAAGCUCCUGGAGGAUCCAAGCGGGUCGAAUUUUCCUUGGAGACCUCGUCCAGUCGAACACGUUCUGAAAGACAUCGUGUUACAGCCGGGAGGCAGUUUUUACUCCGAGCACAAGAACUUCACCAAAGAGGAUAUUCGAUACGAGAAUUUACCCGAAGGCAUUAAAGGGUUCUACUUCUCGGCAAAUUGGUGCCCUCCCUGUAGAGCGUUUACUCCCCAACUAGCUGACAUCUACAGGAUAAUAAGGAAGAAGGAACCUAAUUUUGAAAUCAUAUUCGUCAGUAGCGAUAGGUAAGUUAUUACUUUAGCAUU